AUGGCAGACAAGACCGUCGAGCCGUCUGUGCCAGAGGAGAAGCCCCCGGCCCGGCACCUGCUCCAAACGGUGACAUACUAUGAGUCCGGCGCGCUGUUCCACGCCAAUUCCUCCGAAAUCUCGUGGGUCGGCUCCAUUGCAGCAUUCAUGCUCCUGUUCGUUGGCAUUUUCGUCGGCCCGAUUUACGACCGCGGUUACCUACGCGCCCUUCUGAUUGUUGGCUCGUUGAUGGUAGUCAUCGGACAUAUGAUGUUGAGUCUGUGUCACGAGUUCUGGCAAGUUCUGCUAGCACAGGGCUUUGCCGUCGGCAUCGGGACUGGCUGUCUCUUCGUUCCCUGCGUCGCAAUCAUUCCCCAAUACUUCACAACCAAGAUGGGAGCUGCAAUGGGCGCCGCUGCUUCCGGUUCUGCACUUGGGGGUAUCAUCUAUCCAAUUGUUCUGUACCGACUGAUCAAUCAAAUCGGCUUCCCCUGGGCUGUACGCGUGAUCGGGUUCAUCGCCCUGGGCACACUGCUUCUUCCGGUCGGUCUCAUGCGCCUACGUGUCCAACCGCCCAAGGCGCGCGCUUUGGUUGAUCCCACCGCUUUCAAAGACCUAGCCUAUCUGGCUUUCAUCUUUACUAGUCUUGUUGCGUACAUGGGGCUAUUCGUCAUUCUGUUCUACUUGUCCUUCUAUGCAGAGGCUAAUCACCUCACGAGUAGCAGUUUGGCUUUCUACCUCGUUCCUAUCUUCAAUGCAGCGUCUGUCUUUGGCCGUACAAUCCCGAAUAAGCUGGCUGACCGGUUCGGACCGUUCAACCUUCUCAUUCCUGCCACCAUGUCCUCCGGUAUCUUAAUGCUUUGCAUGAUGGCGGUCCAUUCAAAGGCCUCUGUGAUUGUCAUGGCUGCUCUGUCCGGUUUCAUGAGCGGUGCAUUGAUCGGGCUGCCUCCAAUGUGCCUGGCAAUCUUGACCACGGACAAGUCAAAGCUCGGCACCCGCGUGGGCAUGGGAUAUGCCAUCAUCGCACUCGGUGUGUUGGCCAGUGGUCCUAGCAGUGGGGCAAUUCUCCGCAACAGUGGUGGGUCCCUGGAUUGGCAAAGCCUGUGGAUCUUCGGUGGCGUUCCAACCUGUGCUUCUGCUCUCGGAUAUGCCGCUAUUCGGGUCGCCAAGUACGGCGUGAAGCUGAACAUCAAGGCUUGA